GCAGAGGAACACAAACGAACUGUACUUUGCAGAAUAUAGAAUCACUGACGCUGUUUUGGUUUCAUUUUAUAAAAUUACAAGUUCAUCUGAGAUUAUAAACUACGAAUACACCAAAACUUGACUAGAUCUACAUACAGAAUAUUUGCUGUUAAUUAUUUGGUUUGAAUUAGCUCCUACUUACUCUGAAAUGCUACUAAAAGAGUACUCCAAGAUGUCUGCUUCAGUGGUGCCAUACAGCACCACACUGGUCAAUGGUAGGAGCGUCAUUGUGGAUGCCAUGACAGAGUCGCAGAUCCAUGAGAUGUUCCUGCUAGUACAGGAGGCUGCCAGCACUGGGCAGGGGUUCGGUGCUGAUGAAUACACCACUGAGAAAGAAUUCCUUGAAGACAUCACCGACGGGUUCCAGUUUGCUGUUAUAGACAAAGAUUCCGGGGACAUGGUGGCAGCGUUUGUUCUCGCAUUGAGCAAAUAUUCCCGUGGAUGUCUAGUGGCGGAUCCGUUUAUCGUCGUGAAGCAAAAUAUGCGAGGCUGCAGACUUGGAACUUUUUGUUUACAGACUUGUGUAAAAUUUGCCAAAGACUUGGGUUUCAUGGGAAUAUACUGUGACACCUUUAGCAACAACAACGCCAUGAUUAAAAUUAUACAGAGCAUACCAGGCUUUGAAAAAGUAGGUUGUCUCCCUAUGGGAGGUCUGCUGAAGGAUGGCCGCAUUGUAGGCACUGAGAUAUACUACAAAGAUCUCCGCGCUGAGAGGGGUUAAAAUUUCUGUGAUGAACUCGCAGCAAGAAGUCGCCUCACAUCCACUUCGACAGCCCGCGGUACCCUGAGGAUUUUCUUUCGGAGACAUCGUGACACUAUAUGAAAAGUCACACUCCCGAAAAGUUGAAAAACAGGUCAGUUCUCCUGCCGAACUGGCUACUGAUCAUCUUCAUGUGGCUACGGGUCCUGGGUAGUGUUAACCACUACAGCCUUGCCGAUUGGAUGAAAGAUACACAGCAUAUCUUUGGAUAGCAACGCAACGCUUUGGGUUUGGGUUUUCCUGGCAAGCUGACCACUGGAGCUGGUGGGGCUUGCGUGGCCCAGAAUUUGAACCCAUUCUUUGCUUGUGUCAUGAGGUUCAUCAAAUGACUGUUACAAUAGACAUUUAAGUCUUACAACUAGUCAUGCCUGGCACUAACUGCCCAUUACAAAAUUCAUUAUCAUUAUUGAUACAUAAUUUCUGUGAAAUUCAAUUUUAAAGCUGAAUUUUAAAAUUUGAUGCUUUUUGGUUUUUAUUAUUAAAUUAUUAUUUUUUUAAUAAAGACAAUAAUGUAAACAUG